AUGUCUUUGCCCAUUAAAAACUUGAAGUGUCUCUCUCCGGUCAUGUGCCAGUGCAAGCUCAUCUGCAGUAACCGCACACUGUCGCUGAUGUUCGGCUGUAAGAAGUACCGGUACCAGGAUGAGGAGACGCCCCCCUUGGAGCACAGUCCAGCUCAUCUGGCUCCAGGGAAAAGUGCCGAAAUGCUUCAUAUGAGCGACAAGAACCUCGCCGCCAUGGAGGCCAUCCACGGCUACACUCCGCACACACACAUCUCUCCUGUCAAGCCAGUGUUGAUGUCUACGGGACACACCCCAAUGUACACCUCAGCUGUUUCCACACUGGGAAACACUCCUCCUGUGGUGGUGAACACGGACACAUUGGACGGCUCGCCAUAUGUAAACGGAACAGAAGGGGAAAUUGAAUAUGAGGAGAUCACAUUGGAGCGGGGAAACUCGGGCCUCGGCUUCAGUAUAGCAGGAGGGACAGACAAUCCCCAUGUGGGCGAUGACCCCAGCAUUUUCAUCACUAAAAUUAUCCCUGGAGGCGCUGCAGCUCAGGACGGCAGGCUCAGUGUGAAUGACUGCAUCCUGUUUGUGAAUGAUGUGGAUGUACGAGAGGUGACACACAGCCAGGCGGUGGAGGCUUUGAAGGAGGCAGGUGCUAUAGUCCGCCUUUAUGUUCUCCGGAGGAAACCUGCAGCAGAAAAAGUGACAGAAAUUAAACUCAUCAAAGGCCCCAAAGGCUUAGGUUUCAGCAUCGCUGGAGGGUUGGGCAACCAGCACAUACCCGGAGACAAUAGUAUCUAUGUCACCAAGAUCAUCGAGGGCGGAGCAGCUCAUAAGGAUGGACGUCUGCAGAUUGGAGAUAAGAUCUUGGCGGUGAACAGUGUGUGUCUGGAGGACGUGAUGCAUGAGGAUGCAGUGGGGGCUUUGAAGAACACAGCUGAGGUUGUGUACCUCCGGGUGGCAAAGCCCAACAACCUGUUCCUGACCAACUCCUACAACCCCCCUGACCUCACCAGCACAUAUUCUCACAUGGAUACUGACCUCAGCCACCCGGGCUAUCUAGGAUCGGAUUACCCACAAGCACUCACUCCCACCUCGCCGAGUCGCUUCUCCCCGGUGCUGCACAGUAUGAUGGGAGAUGAUGAUAUCCCCAGGGAGCCUCGGAGAGUUUUGAUCCAUCGAGGGUCGACAGGUCUGGGGUUCAACAUCGUAGGUGGGGAGGAUGGGGAGGGAAUCUUCAUCUCCUUCAUCCUGGCAGGGGGUCCGGCUGACCUGAGCGGAGAGCUGCACAAGGGCGAUCAGAUCCUCAGUGUGAAUGGUGUUGACCUUCGAAUGGCCACACACGAGCAGGCAGCAGCAGCACUCAAAAAUGCGGGACAGACUGUGACAAUAAUCGCUCAGUACAGACCAGAUGAGUACAGUCGUUUUGAAGCCAAGAUUCACGAUUUGAGGGAACAGCUGAUGAACAGCAGCAUGGGCUCUGGGACCACAACACUACGGAGCAACCCAAAGAGAGGCUUUUAUAUCAGGGCUCUUUUCGACUAUGACAAGACAGCAGACUGUGGCUUCCUGAGCCAGGCUUUGAGCUUCAGGUUUGGGGAUGUGCUUCACGUGUUGGACUGUGGGGACGAGGAGUGGUGGCAGGCGCGAAGAGUCAGCCCCCAAAACGAGGUGGAGGAGGUGGGCUUCAUCCCCAGCAAACUCAGAGUGGAGAGAAAAGAGUGGUCUCGUGUUAACACCAAAGAGAGGGACCAUGGACGGGACAGUUUGGGCCCUCAAGCAGGGAGAGAUAAGAUCUCACAAAGCUAUGAGACUGUCACUCAAGUAGAAGUCCAUUACGCCAGGCCCAUCAUCAUUCUGGGUCCUGUUAAAGACAGGGUGAAUGACGACCUCUUGUCUGAGUUCCCUGAUAAGUUUGGAUCAUGUGUCCCACACACAACGCGACCCAAGAGGGAGUACGAGGUGGAUGGGCGGGACUAUCACUUUGUAUCGUCACGGGAACAGAUGGAGAAGGACAUUCAGAGCCACCGCUUCAUCGAGGCGGGACAGUACAACAGUCACUUGUACGGCACCAGCGUCCAGAGCGUGCGUGAGGUGGCAGAGCAGCAAGGGAAACACUGCAUCCUGGAUGUAUCGGCCAACGCUGUGCGCAGACUACAAGCAGCUCAGCUUCAUCCAAUCGCCAUCUUUGUUCGGCCCAAGUCUCUAGAGAAUGUGUUGGAGAUCAACACUCGACUUACAGAAGAACAAGCAAGGAAAGGAAUGGACCGAGCCCUAAAACUAGAACAGGACUUCCUCGAGUGUUUUACAGCUGUGGUGGAGGGUGACAGCUUUGAGGAGGUCUAUCACAGAGUAAAGACAGUGAUUGAGGAGCAAUCAGGGCCUUACAUCUGGAUCCCCACUCGGGAGAGGCUGUGA